CACACGCACACACGCAGGCGCACGCGCACACACACUCACACACGCACGCGCACACACACGCCAGCACCGGUCCGGGUCUUCCAGCAGGAUGACAGCCCCCACCUGCACGGUCACCGCAAGGUGCCUGGUGGCUCUGAUGCUCCUCCAUCAGGUGCUCUGUGGCCCCAUGGCAGCACCAGAUGACCAGACGGGCUCCCCGCCGAAGGCUGCCUCCCAGAGGAGGGAGGUGCGCAUGACACCCCUGUGGAGGAUCAUGGGAAGCAAACCCCACGGGGCGUACUGCCAGGACCACUACGAGUGCUCCACCCGAAUCUGCAGGGACGGACAUUGUUCCUUUACCCAGACCUUUAACUCCAGGAAGUAGGAUAACGAGAUACUGGUUCUGUCCAAUCAGAGAAGAGCGAUCUCCAUCCAAUCAGAGAACAGCAAACAAAAUUCUUUCCCACAAGCCUUAUGCAGCUCCAGUACAGCUAAUGAAUCCUCAUUUGUACUCCUUUGAAAAAGCUGUGUCAAAAAUGAAAAAAUGUACUUGACAGUGAGCUUGCUGUUGUAAUGAGGAGCAAAGGUAUUGGAUUUGAUUGUCACAGAAAGAGUUAAGACGAUGACGUGGACCUGGACCAUGCUGAAUGUGUGUUGUAAGCACAAACAUGAACAUAUGGAUUACACAGGCUUCCCAGUGGAAUCCGGGGAGAGAACUUUCUCUCUUGUUCAAACAUUUUGUCUUUGAUAACCUAUUCCAUUCUUUCUGGGGUAACCACCUCUUUAACAGUUUCAGCACACCUGGUCCUGUGUGUGCACAGCUUAUCAAAAGCACAAUGGUUCCGUUACCCAGCACACCUGUAGGCUAAAUUUCAUUAAUGGUCCAUCUGCAUGAAAUUGGGGUAUAUCAAAAAGGACCAGAUUACACCCAAAUGCCACCUAACUACAGACCCCAUUCUGGUUAUGAGGUAUCUGUUACCAUUUGAAUGAGAGGGUGACUGAAUUUUCAUUUAAGCAUGUUUUUAUACAUAACCUGCUUUAGCUAUAUUUAGACAACAUAAGAACCAAAUGUAAGCCUUUUAAUGGUAUUAAAGAACUGGUACACAAAGUAUAUUUCAGUUUAGUUUAAAUCAUAUAUGC